AACACAGACAAAGCUCCACCAGCUAGCCUGACUCUAGAAGAACCACCGGCUGAGGUCGUCUCGACGACACACAACGAGAUAAACAAGGUAGAGGCUAUCGACUACAAGAGAGACUACCCAGACACACCGGAGAACGACCAAGAUGGUGUCGAUUCCUCAGAUUCUGAAUCUGACGUCGAAAUUAUCAUGGACAGCCCCAAUACUUCAAAAACUGUCGACUUUAGACCUCAGAGGAAUUCCCUAGGUAGAUCUGCUAGUCAGGUUGCAACCACCAAACCGAACAUCACUACAGAGUAUAUACCACAGGAGAGACCUUCUAUUACAACACCAAAAGAGACACCACAACCAGUCACUCAAGUCGAUAAUACAACCGCUAUCACCUCAACUGCCAACGUCGCAGGUACAGCUACAACCCAGUCCGUAGACGCCCCAGAACGCGCAUUAGCACCAACAGAAGCACAAAAAGGCGACGCCAAUGACUUCUUCCUUAAGCGUGCCCAAGCAAUGGCAGAAGACCCAGCAAAAGAUAUCAUUUCACCAUCUACUGCACCUUCUUUAGAUAUUGAUCCUGCCACAUUAGACGCUGCAGCUGUAUACGAUAUAGAUAUUAAUGCUAUUGAUAGCGAGAAACCAUGGAGACAGCCAGGCGCUGAUUUAACUGAUUGGUUUAACUAUGGCUUUGAUGAAUAUAAGUGGCUUGAUUAUGCUUCGCGAAAGAAGAACCUUGGUAGUACAGUGGAGAAGAUAAAUCCAUUUGCCGCACAUAACUCGACACCAGAUGAAUUAUUGAACGUGCUCCCACCAGAACUCCAAGCAAUGAUGAAUAUGAUGCCACCAAUGCCACAAGUGGGUGCUAUGCAGAUGCCAGGUAUGCCUAUGCCGGGUAUGCCACCUGGGAUGCCACCUGGUCCGAUGCCCGGUAUGCCAGGAAUGCCAGGUAUGCCUGGGAUGCCACCAGGAUUUGACAUGUCCAUGAUGAUGGGUGGUGUACCACCUAUAGGUAUGAUGAAUCAAUCUUCCGACCCAAAUGAAGUGAAAGAAGAAGACUACGGCGAUCCUAAACCAGAUAAUGGUAAAUACAGAAGUAAAACAAAGCACUAUAAUGAUAAAGAUAAAAUUGGUGCACAAGAUUCAGCCUUAGAUUAUGGAGAUGAUCCUUCACCAGAUAAUGAUGAUGACAGUAGACUAACCAGCAUGAAAGAUGAUGAUAGAGAUUAUAAAGAUAAAUCCUUCAAAGAUAAAAAAGACUAUGAGAAGGACUACGAUCGUCGGGGGUCACCAGUUUCAAAUGCGUCAUCCCGGUAUGGCAGUAGAAACGACCGUGAUAGUAGUUAUAGAGAACGUGAGAGAGAAUCUGAAGAUAAAGCAAGAGAGCGUGAAAAAGAUAGAAAAACUGACAGAGAUUCUAGAAGAUCACACAACAGAUCGCGUUCACCGCCAUCUCGACACAGUAAAGAUCGUGAUAGAGAUAGGUACGACUAUAAAGAUAGGAGAGAUCGCGACUACAGGGAUCGUGAGAGGGAGAGAGACCGAGACCGCUACGACUCUCGGAGGUCUGGUAGAACCUCUUCAAGAAGUUAAUAAAUUUUAUUACCUUGUAUGAUUUACUAUUUAAGC